GACUGUGAACUCCUGUGACUGCCAGUGGUGUACCUGAAGGACCACUGGCCUUCUUACACAUGGCUAAGAGCCGAUUUUCUUGUAUGCAAAUUUGGGUUAAGAUGCAUGGGUAUUUUUCGAGGCUGUGUUGGCGCCUCUCAUAUUUCUGCUGUGUCAUUGUAAAGGGCUUUUUUGUUAAGAAGAAGGAAAAACAAAUCCCUCCAGCUGAGACUUAUUUUCAUAAAGAAAAAGUUGUUGUACUUGGCCAAGUGUUGAUGAAUGAAUUUCUACCCAUUGAGAAGAGAGCUCAAGCUGCCAAGAAAAUUGGACUGCUGGCCUUCACAGGAGGACCACCUACUGGGAAAUUUGCAGCUGAGUACAUGAAAGAAGUGGCUCACUUGCUGCAAGAUGAGGAGUUGGCACCCAAAAUAAAGAUCCUGCUGCUCCAGAGUGUGGCAUGUUGGUGUUACUUAAACCCUUUCAGCCAGAAGAGAGCCAAAAGUCUGCAAUUUAUUCCUAUUCUCAUUAGUUUUUUAGAAGGCAGCUUCGAGUCUUCUAUCGAAAGUGAAAUGAACAGCUACCUCCUCCUUAAAUUUUGGACCUGCUACGUUCUCUCUGUCAUGACAUGCAACAACUCGUCUUACGUCAGGGAGCUUAAAGACCACAAGAAUCUAAAAGACUGUUUGCAAACGAUGGCUUCUAUGGAUUGGUCUGGAUGGCCAGAGAACUUCGCUCAGGUGCUGUAUUACCUAAUUGGUUUUCACAAGAACUAGUUUCUCCAAACUCAGUUAUGUGUUGCAGCUCUCUGUGCCGCUGUAUUAUCCUGGAAAACUGAAAUAAAUAAUAAAAAUCG